AAAAAGUUUUUUCAGGACUCCUCGAUUAAGCAAUGAGUAAAUCCCUCCUUUUACCGUAGUAGGCGACGGAACCCCACCCUCCACUUGUUUCCCGUAACUGAGCUGUAGCAACACUUCCAGCAAAAAUGGCCAGUGGAACCGUAGUUGUCAUCCCCUCUAAUGGAGCGAAUGUAAUCCAAACAGCCCCUGGAUUGCCCGGUGUUGCUCUUCAGGCAUCUGGAGCAACUCCAUACCCUCAGUAUGGAGCUGAGCAACUUGAAAUUUCCAUCAGUGCUCCUCAACAAGUCUCCCAGAAGGGUCCUAUGGAGAAAUUCCUCAGUGCUGAGGCCAAAGUGCUUGGGGCCGUCGAGAUCAUGAUUGGAUUGAUCCACAUUGGUUUUGGGGCUGUCUCGCUUUGUCUCAUUCCUUCUCAACGGUACUACCUUAUCGUAUCUGGAAUUGUAGGUUACCCCAUUUGGGGAGGGAUAUUUUUCAUUUCUUCUGGAUCACUAUGUGUAGCGGCUGCGAACCGUCCAAAUCGGGGUUUGGUACAAUCCAGUGUAGGAUUGAACAUCGCAAGUGCUAUAAUGGCAUUAGUUGGUAUCAUGCUGUAUUUAUGUGACCUGAUCAUCAGCAGAGCUGCUCUAUAUAACGCUGGAAGUACAAUCAGUACCCAAUAUAAUUUCGGUUAUGGCCUCUCCAGUCUGCUGCUCUUGUUCAGCCUGUUGGAAUUUUGCAUCGCUGUUUCACUUGCACACUUUGGGUGCCAGGCAACUUGCUGUUCUGAUGCCCAGCAAACUAUGCAUUUUGUGCCUUACCAAGCCAUUGGAGAUGGAGCAGGCACAGCUGAACCAAAUCCUCCUCCUCCACCACCACCAGCUUACGAGAACAUGAUUACCCAAUCUCAGUAAAACAAGAACCCCAGGAAGGAAAUAUGAAAAGUGUUGCAACAGAGGUUGCAGGAGAAGCAAUGGAUUACUUUGUUUUGUCCUCCAGCUUCCUUAUUUAUUUUUCAGUUACAACCUUUAAACAUCAAAUUAAAUGGUGGCAAGUUUUAAAAGUUCUUCUGUUUUGCUAAUAAUUAUAACACUUCCCUGGAAGCAAGAAUUUGUGCUCUUAUUCUUUUCUUUGACAAAUCUGCGUAUAGAUGGGAAGUUGAACAACUAGCCUUGUAUGUGGUCAGAAUAGUCUUGAACUGUACAUACUCAAAACUG